AUGGCUCGACGUCACGCCAGACAAGCCUUGUUCUUCUCCCUCAUCGCCUCGUUUUCCUUACUUCCCGCCUCGCUCGCACAGCCCAUCUUACACUGUUCCGAACGUCACUCCGCACGCCAGCCAAACUGCCACUGCACCGUCAUUCCUCACAACGUCUGGCUCAACACUGCAACGAGCAGUCCUUCCUACCUCUCAUCAUCCCCCGAUUGCCAGCAACUGGCUUCCAAAUUGGAACGUUGGCGUGAACAUGAUGCUCAUCACUGGGAAACCUUCCUCUCCAAAUCCGACCAGGUGCCAGGUCAUAGCUCGGAUCGCGUCGGCGCUUCCUCGGUGCGUGUACUCGGCGUCCACAGGCCUAGCGAGGAUGAAGCCAACGGCAGCGAUGCAUUACGGCAGACAUUACAGGAGGGUGUUGUCAUGUGCAGACCCACGCAAUGGUCCAGCUCCAGAGAUGUGAGGGCUUUCGUUCGCGGUGUUGCAGAGAUGGACGAGUCUUGGCAGCCAAGCCAAGCAACAUUUGUCGUGGGUGCAGUGCUUGUGCUGGCGCUUCUUGGUGUCAUUGCUGAGGUUGUGGAUCUUGUGCUGUUCAGGUCUGGCCUCCUCUUGUCACGACAGCCUAUUAUGCUGACGGGCUCGGAGAAGAUCAUUUGCGCAGAUGGAUCACUAUCGUCCCUCGGCGCACACGAAGAGCAAGUCGACAGCGACGAAGAUUGGCCAGAUGAGAGUCCAAUCAUAUGA